AUGCCGACCUUCGAUCAAAUCCAAAUAACUACACAGCAAUCUCCAGUCAAUUCCGGCAUGCAACCCACACAAGCCCUCAUUUUCGUUGCCGGCAUAGCGGCAUUCGCAAUUCCCGAAGGCCAAACUGACGGUAUCUAUUACGUUGCACAUUACUGUGCCGGCAGUGAAGAGCAAACCCCCAUGGCACACACAACAGGAUUUCCAGUACAACGUCCCAUUGGAAACUUAUCACUAGCACCAUGUUCUCUAGGAGGUUCAAGGGAGGAUCACAGAUGCCUAUACGAUAUCGCACGCGUCACAAAUCACAGGCCUCCUAGGUUAUUUCAACGUGCCCAUACGUCCUGGCUACUCGCUCCUCAGCCAAACUGUCCUGCAACUGCAACUUUUCGGCUGCGACGACGUGUUAAACAUCUCACAGACAUGCCGCUGCUUCUAAAAUCAAUAGACAACGUGGUACCAUACUCGGGGGAUGGAAACAAUCCACCAACCAUUAGAUGA